AUGUUUAAUAAACCAAGAUCAAAUUAUUUAACAUUAGAUUUCAAGAAGGUUAAAGUUAAAGAUGAAUAAAUAUCUUAGCCUUAGACUCAUCGAAUUAAUACAUCUAGAACUAUUUUGAGAAAGCUCAGAGUCGAUGGGUACUCUAUAUUAUAUAUUAUAAUUUUAGUUGCUAAACUGAUAGAGAUAGAAAUUCAUAUUAGGAAGUCACUAAUUAUACUCAAGAGAAAUUAAUUUAUAAAUAAGAAUUUGAGGAUGAAAGAAAAAGAAAACUUGAAUAAUUGAGAUGUGAAGUGGAAGAAUUAAAAUUAGAUUAUGAAUAGAAAUAAAAAGAACUUAUUCAAAGUCGUAAAUAAGUAAACAAUGCUCUCAAAGGUCUAGUAAAUUCACAUACAAAAUAUAAAGAUUAUUAAAUUGGAGAUGUUAAAUUAUAUCAAUAAUAUUAUCGUUGUAAGACAGAAACUCCUUUUCAUUUAAAAAAUACUAUUUAUGAUGCUUAAAAAUAUUAAAAUUAUUAUGGAAAAUUGUAAAAAGCCAAUUUAAAACUUAACCAUUAAGUCUAAUUUGCAAUGAUUCAAUAUCGUAAAUAACUAGAAGAAUCUCAAUAAAGAAUUCCAAACUUUUUAAAAUCCAUCCAAUAAGUUUUAUGA